AUGGGGCAGUGCACCAGCGUCAAAGCCAAAGGCGACAAGUACCGGCCACUGGGCGAAGGGCUUCGCGCCAAGGUGCUCCCUGUGUACAUAGGCAGGUGCUUCCAAACCACAGAAGACUGCCUUGUCCUACAAGUCUACAAAGCCAACCUCUACAUGCUUAAAACGGACCAUAUGCUCAUGAUGAUGAUCAUCAUCAUUGCUACAGCAGCAGCAGCAACUACUACUGAUAUGGUCCUCUUCCCGCUCCUGCUGCUAGACCAUCACUUACACCGUGGCCACCUUCCCGGAGACGGCAUCAACGUGGGCCUCUGCGCUUCGGGCGGAGGUGCUCGAGCAAUGUCCUUCACAACCGGAGUCUAUCGAGCGCUGAAUGAGUUGAAGCUUCUGGAUCAGCUGGAUGCUAUCAGCUCGGUCUCGGGUGGGACAUGGUGCUCUUCCAUUUUCAUGUUUGCCAAGGACUUCAAGGGUGAUGCGAUUGAUACCGCAGAGUUAUUGGGAAGGGCGACGACCCCGUCAGAGUUGACCAUGGAGGCGCUGCGAGACAACCUAGUCCCAAUUGUAUCAGGAAUCACCAAUGCCGAUUCGAGUGACUUCAUCAGCGCAAUCUUGAAAGAAUACAAAGGAAAAGAGCACGAGGUGUGGCCCAAGGUGAUGUCGGAGUGGCUGCUGAGGCAUUUUGAUGGUUUGGAGAGCUUUGAGGCAUACAUCGCCAAGGAGGAGGAUGUGAAGCGAAUCAAGGAGGACAACCCCCAGCUGGAGAAGAAGCGCUUCUUAACUCCCAGGAGCGAUCGACCUAAGAAUUUCAUCAUGAAUGGCUGCUCCCUGGCCCCACUGAAGUACAACGCGACCACGGAGAAUGUGGUGUCCUUCCAGAUGUGCCCCGAUUUCACAGGAAGCCCCUUCUACCCCGAGAACAAACAGGUCAAAUACGAUAUGGCGUCCAUCUUCCCGUGCAAGGACUUUGGACUGUCUGGAUUUCGGUCCAUGACUCGUACUAUGGGAGGAGGAUUCACAGAGACCUUCGCGUUUGGUGGCCCUGCUCCACGAGAUCAGACAGGAGGUGAGAAGUGUGUGAUGGGAGAGCCCAGCACUCCCUUUUCUUUGCCGUAUGCCGUGGGAAUCAGCAGCUGGGCAGCUGGCGGAGCCUUGAACCAGGUCAGAGCCUUGGGGAACUUGGUCAACAUUCGCAAGGACUACUGGCCCGUCACCUCCGAGAUUCUCCCACACCGGCAAGAAGCAAUUGCCUACCAACUGGGCGAUGGCGGGUCGCUAGACAACGCUGGUGUGCUGGCGCUGCUUCAGCGAGGAGCACGCAAGGUGAUCUGGAUCUGUUCCUCGUGGACAGACUUGAAGUCGAGUUACGAUUGGGCUGGGGCCACUGCAGAGACCUUCAACCCGCAGGAGGCAGGCGUGGCAGACCAGGUCUUCUGCACCUUCGGCUAUGAUUCCAGUGCACUGGGAUUCUUCUACUCCCACAACCAGGUCUUUGAGAGGGAUCAGUGUUUCCCUCUUUGCCAGGAGAUAAAGGCCUUCAAGAACCAGGGGAAGCCGGCAGUGGUGCACAAAAAGCUGGCGGUGCUCCCCAACAGCUGGUGGGGCAUCACUGGAGGCUAUGAAGUUGAUCUCUUGCUCAUCUACUUGGAGAAGAGCAGAGAGUUCGAGGCACUUCUCCCUCAGGAAACGCAGCGGGAGAUUGCAAAAGGGGAUCAAGGAGCCUUCGCCAACUAUCCCAUCUACAAGACCACGAGCCAGAAUGAAGGCGACAUCCUCGGCCUCACUGCCCAGCAGUCGCACCUGUUGGCUGCCCAAGCGGAGUACAGUGUCAAAGAAAACGAGGAGCUCUUCCGCAAACUGCUGAGCUAG